CGAACAAUAGCUCGCUUGAUAUUUAAGUUCAGAAGCAUCUUCAAUCAUUAUCUUCUCAAAAUUUCCAAGCUCGUUGAAAUUUUACUCACAAGACGAGAUAAGCCACGAACUCCUUCGUGUUUGUCUCGGAGGUUCGAAACGUAGAGCAAGAAAGGCAUACAUAGUAAACAGAACAGCAGUGUUAGGACGAACCUCCACAGAGCAAGAUCAUGGCGGGCUCUUCAUUCGUUAUUAUCAAUAUUGUGAUGUCUUACGUAGGAGCAGGGGUUCUUGGACUCCCGUAUGGCUUCAAACAUGCCGGAUUGCUCCUAGGUCCAAUCAUUUUGGCAUUAGUGUGCGUAUGUGUGGUAUACUCUAUGCAUAUCUUGGUGGAUUGUAAGAACCGGGCCCGGAGUAUGAUUUUGUCAGAGGCAGACACGCCCAUUACCCAUAGUGAUAUCGCCCACUUGGCCUUUGGUUACGUUGGUGAGAUCAUCAUGCAACUGGCCAUCCUUCUGUCCCAAUUGGGCUUCAGCUCAGCAUACCUGCUUUUCAUCUGUGAUAACUUAAUCAGUGUCAUCCCAUCCAUGACCAAACUGGAAUGGAUUGCUAUCCUUCUCCCACUCUUGUACUUACUCACCUUUGUCAAGAACCUAGAGCGAUUCGUCGUGUUCAGUUUCCUCUCACAAUUGGCCAAUUUGGCGGCUUUCCUGGUCAUUAUUGGUUUUGAUAUCGCAUCGAUAUCAAAGACCAAUGACAAUACAAACACCGUCACCAUUCGAAAUGAAAUCGAACCCAUGUCUCUCUCGGGCGUGUUCAUGUUCUAUUCGAUAUGCAUUUACUCGUUCGAAGGCUCCGGAUUGAUCCUGUCCCUAGAAAACACCGGCGAUAUCGACACUCAAGCCAAGUUCAAAAGAAACUUCAGCAAGAGCGUGGCAGCCAUCACCACGUUCUAUGCAUUUUUUGGAGCCCUGGGAUUUCUGGCAUUCGGGGAGGCCACCCAGCAAAUCAUCACGCUCAACCUGCCCCACACCUCGGGAUUUGACUUUGCUCUCAUGGUCAAGUUGUGUCUGUGCUUCUCGUUGUUUUUUUCGUACCCGUUGAUGCUGCAUCCUUUGUCGUGCAUCUUUGACGAUAAAAUGGCUUAUUGCAUGCCUCCUCUUAUUGCCAAAUUUGUCUUAAGACUCUUGCUCGUAUCUACAACGGGUUUGGUGAUUAUCCUACUGCCAAACUUUGCGGACUUGCUCGAAAUCUUGGGCUCAAUUUGUUGCACUAUCUUGGCCUUCAUCAUCCCAGCUUUGGCUCAUUUGAAGCUCUUUCGGGGUGAGAUGUCCAAAAAAGAGGUGGUUGGGGAUCUCGUACUAGUUUUGGUGGGCGGUCUCACGGUCGUGGCUGGAUGUUUGGAUACCUAUAGGAAAUUGACUCUCACAAGUCUUGCCUGAGGCUACAAAUAUUAUUUGUAAAUAUACCGUAACUAAAAUAAACUGACCGGCCUGCGUGGCUAACAAUA